CUGACUGACGGAGGAAACGUCGAUCCAACAACUUCAGCGUUAGCCAAUAGUUCAGCUUGAUCCUUUGUAAUUAGUUCGGCUACUUUAUUUGUAUUCUGGAGAUAGCGGUUGUGAUAGUAGUUUGUCUUGAUGACAUUUAGCUAGCUAGAUGCAGAAAGUAAGUUAAACGAACAAACGCCACAAAGUCUAGCUAGCUCGAAUAAGUCAAGCUUUCCUCAGCUCUACCAAGUUGGCUUGGUGGCUCCCUAUAACACUUUGUACGCCGCAGUUAGUUGGUUGUAAUAUUUUAGGUGAAGUUGUUGCGGAAAUACAGUAAGCAAGAGGUUUCGGUUUCUUUUAAAGCAAGGUGUUUCAGGUGAACUUGCUGCUAGGCUAGCUAGCUAGAUCUGAGCUCCGUACCAGCGUCUCCGAGUUACUGGGCGAGGGAUGUCUAGCAACGGAGGUCGCGAGGGAAUGGCCCGCGAGACGAGCCUCGGUCCCGGCGCCCAGCCUCGCGAGUCGAACCCCGGUCUCCAGCCGCUCCGCGCGACCGUUCCGUUCCAGCUUCACAGGAAAACACGUGCAGACCUCAGAAAUGUCAGUCCAGCAGCUGAGAAGGCCCAAGUCCUGCCACAAGUGAAGAUUCGAAGGGCGCUUUCUUCAGAUGCUAUCGUUGGACCCUACCUGCAGGGCCAGUGGCCCAGAGACGGCGACGAAUCUGGACGGAGUGGACAAAAAGAUCAAUUCACACAGACUUGGUGGCCGGAUGAAGCUCAAAGAAGGAUCUCCUGGAGCCACAGACGCUCAGCAUCAUGGGGACAUGCUGAACAUUUACAAGAUAUUGCCAAACUAAAGCAACAGUUGCAACAGAAGCCCAAGCCGGGAGUGCAUGUGGGCAUUCUCGAGAAACCACACUACCCUCUACGAGCAUGUGUACAGUCUCAAUCAGUGCCUAUGUCUCCAUCACCUUUGAGCCGGCUGCCCUCUGUCCAGGGACACGGUGAGGAGGGACUGGACCAAGAGCUGGAAAGGGCCUUUAUACGCCACUCGCCCAUCUUGCACAGCAGGCUGCUGGAGGUGCCUGAUGGCCACCGAGCUCCUGUUCCCACUCUGAGCUCCAGAGGCAGCGUCCAGAGCGAGGCCCUCUCCUUCACGCACCCAUCCUCAUCCUUGUCUCCAUGCGCCUCUCCACAGUGCCUGCAUGACCUGGACACUGAUCAGCCGGGCGCUGGUGCAUCUUCUUGUCCCUCACCCCUGCCGUCACCCAUGGCAUCUUCUCCGCGUCCAAACAAGAGCUACUGCUUCCAGAGGGAGCCACCGGAGGGCUGUGAGAGAGUGCCUGUGUGUGAGGAGAACACUGCUCUGUGCAAAGAUCAGGCGUAUCUCACUUACUGCCCUGAUCCAAAUAAGGUAAACUUCACCCCUCAUGGAGGUUCUGCCUUCUGUCCUGUCAAUCUGCUGAAGCCCCUCCUGCCUUCGGUGGACUUCCUCUUCCGGAGCCUGUCAGUGUCUCCAGUGUCCUGUUGGGCGGGACAGGCUGGAGCACGCCAGACCCCACCAGUCUUGGAGUAUUAAUGACCACCGGGUACUUAGGAUGUCUGAAACCAGCAGCCAGUACGAUGAGACCCACUGUCUUUUUCCACACUCUUAGAAUUCUCCACCCUGUGAAAUGCUGCACUAGCCUUCUGGCAUUUUUUUUAACCCUUGGUCGUCUUUUCUCCUGUGUAUAAAAGCUGUGUAGGCUAAAGCAGUGCAUUUCUAAAUGCUCCUGCUCUUGCUCUUUACAAUGACGACAAAUAUUCUCUUGAGAUGUAGUGUGUUCGUGCAUGUGUGUGUGUGUGAUAUUAUUAUUAUUAUUAUUAUUAUUAUUAUUAUUAUUAUUAUUUUUAUUUUAAAGCAUCACUGACCAGAUGUCUGUAAACCUCUGAUUAUCAAAUCCUAAACUAUCAAACCCUAAGCAGACUGCAGUAAAAACAAUGAAGCGGAGAUUAAAACUCAGAGAGGGUGUGCAGUCUUUCACCCAGCCACAGUGCAUUCAGAGGGGGUGUGCAGUCUUUCACCCAGCCCCAGUGCAUUCAGAGGGGGUGUGCAGUCUUUCACCCUGCCCCAGUGUUUGACACCUGCUCAUUGUGCACCAGGCACAUUUUGCUUUACAUUUUUAUGAUUUGAAAAGACAAGGUCACAGAUGAUGGUAAUUAAAGAUUGAUUAGAAUUGGUUGGCUUUCCCAUAAUGGUAAGAGUCAACCCCUUAGAAACAGUGAAUGUCUGCUUCAGUUCUUAGAUCAGGGCUGCAUAGAACAGCCUCUACUGUAACUUCAGCAUGGCUGAAAUGGUCUACAACUCAACAUACAAGGUAAAAGUCACAUAACUUAAUGAAUUAUCACUGGGUAAGGCACUAUUUAUAGUGUUUAAUUAUAAGUGCACGAGAGAGUGUUAUAUAUUUAGAGAAGAGUUUUCUUUCUUUAUUUUUAUUAAAAUAUAUAUAUAUAUGUAUGUAUGUACAUAUGUAUG